AUGCUAUCACACCGCACUAUUUGGACUGCAACUCGUCGAGGGUUGUCUUUAGCACGGUUUCUACACAUUAAAACGGCGUCAACACCCAAUGAUAAUGCUCUGAAGUUCAUUUCAACGGAUGGUGAGCUUUUACAGGACCGUGGGAAGCCGAGCGUGGAGAUCAAAAAUACAGAUUCGGCCCUCAUCGAACAUUCCCCACUGGCACAACGGAUUUUUACGCAAUGCUCAGGGGUAGAAUCGAUGAUGAUUGGCGAUGAUUUCGUCACGAUCAAUAAGGACGAAAUGGUGCAUUGGAGCCAGAUUACAGGCGAUAUGAUCGAUCUUCUGACGCAAUAUUUGGCGUCCGGUAAAGAUGCGGUGUCAUCCCAGUUCUUCAGUGUACAGGAACAAAGCGUUGGAUACGAUGUCAACUUACCAAAGUUCAAGUACGACGAGGACCAACAGGAAAUAAGCGAUAUGAUCGACGAGCUAAUCCAGACACGCAUCCGGCCUGCAAUUAUGGACGACGGUGGAGAUAUUCAAUAUCGUGGGUACGACCCUGAGUCAGGCACCGUAUAUUUGAAGUUGCAAGGAGCGUGCAAGUCGUGUUCAUCCAGCGAAGUGACACUGAAGCACGGUAUUGAGUCGAUGCUCAAGCACUACAUAGAUGAAGUCGAGAAUGUUGUGCAGAUACUGGACCCUGAGGAACAAAUCGCACUCAAAGAGUUCGAAAAGCUUGAGCAGAAACUUGAUCAGAAAUGA